AUGGCAUCCAUCAAGACACUCAAGGAGAUUCCAACUCUCACAAGCCUGUACAAGCUCAAACACCUGACGCCGGCCGCUUCAACAGUGUCGGGAGCCAGCAGCGCGUACAACGACAAAAUCUGUGUCAUCCGCACCGACAUUACCAAGCUAGAGGUUGAUGCGAUUGUCAACGCUGCCAACGAGUCUUUGCUGGGUGGAGGUGGUGUCGACGGCGCCAUUCACCGCGCAGCUGGCGAAGAGCUUCUGCGUGAAUGCGAAACGCUCGAUGGUUGCGACACUGGAGACGCCAAGAUCACUGAUGGCUAUGAACUGCCAUGCAAGAAGGUCAUUCACACUGUUGGCCCUGUCUACUGGCGCACCAAGAAACAUGGCAAGCACACCAGUCUACUGCAAUCAUGCUACCGUCGCUCGCUCGACCUGGCUGCAGAGAAUGACUGCAAGAGCAUCGCGUUCAGCGCACUGAGCACUGGCGUCUACGGUUAUCCUAGCAAUGAGGCAGCAGCUACUGCUAUUGGCGAGGUGAAGAAGUGGCUCGACACUGACGAAAAGGCCGACAAGCUCGAUCGCAUCAUCUUCUGCAACUUCAUGGAGAAGGACGAGGACGCUUACUACGAGUGGCUGCCAAAAUACUUCCCACCCACCCAAGACGGCGAGAAGCACAGCAAGAGCAUCGAGGCCAAGGAAAAUGGACAGGAAGAAGAGGGAACCAGUGAAGACAAGAUGGUCGACAAGAUCAAGAGCGAACUCGAGGUUGAAGCCGAAGACCAAAGCAAGCAGACGGAGGCUGUGGACGCCAGCAAGAGCGAGGAGACUGGUCAAAUGGCCGAGCUCCCUGACGUUCCCACAACAGAGCCGGGUGAGCACGGUCUGCCUGAGGCUAAGAAGCUCAAGACCGACCACGACGACCAGAAGCUCUGA